AUGAGUUCUAAUAGACAAAAGAUCGGCAAUCCAGGUCCACUUGGUCUCUCGGCGUUUGCCAUGAAUACUUUUGUAUAUUCAGUAUACAUAUACGGUGUAAAGGGAAUUAAUCGCGAUAACGUUGGACUGGGUCUUGCACUGUUCUAUGGAGGAGCCAUUCAAGUUCUCGCCGCAAUGUGGGAAAUGUAUUAUGGAAAUACUUUUUCCGCCACAGUGUUUGCAUCUUACGGAGGAUUUUGGAUAUCAUUUGGUUUCAUAUCGUUACCUGCUUCUGGCAUUUUACAAGCCUAUGAGGGAGACCCACAAACGUUUAAUAACGCUCUUGGCAUGUUCCUUGUCGCGUGGACGAUAUUCACUACUUUAAUGUUCAUCUGUGCAUUGCGAACCAACCUUGUAUUGAUCGCUGCAUUCUUUAUGUUGGAUUUAACAUACAUAAUGUUAGAUUGCUAUCAAUUUACUGGUGAAUUAAUAUUUAACAAGAUUGGCGGAAUAUUUGGCGUGAUUACUGCCUUCAUUGCGUGGUAUCUCGCAUGCGCUCAGUUACUAACAAAGGAAACGUCGUACUUUAUUCUUCCCGUUGGAGAUAGAACAGCAGAUGGUAAAGUUUGA